UGGGUAUUGUUCCCAAGAUGCAAGUAAAUAUUCUGGACAGUCUCUCGGAUUGUUAAUGUAUCGACUAAAAGAAAAUAAUGAGAAGCUUAAGAAGUAUUCACAUGUGAACCGGAAAGCAGUGGAUCAAUAUUCAUCUCUUAUGGAGACCAAAAAUGAAUUGGUUGGACAAAAGGAAAUACUUCAAAAUGAAUUAAAAAGUAUUCAUGACCUAAUGGAGCAUCUUGACAAGAAAAAGGAUGAGGCGGUUGAGCGAACAUUUAAACAGAUGCAGUAUCAAUUUGAGGUGGUUUUUAAAGAAAUUGUAGCUACUGAGGAUUGCCAUGGGGAAUUACAACUUGUUCGAUCAGCAGCCAAGAAAAAUGCAGGAGAAGAUCCAUAUAUUGGUGCUAGAAUUUGCGUUUCUUUUGGACUUGGUAACGCCAUAACAGACCUUGGGCAGUUAAGUGGUGGACAAAAAUCACUUGUGGCCCUUGCAUUAAUCUUUGCCAUUCAGCGCUGUGAUCCGGCACCGUUUUAUCUAUUUGAUGAAAUUGAUGCUGCACUAGAUGCAGAAUACCGUUCUUCAGUCGCAAAACUUAUCUUGAAAGACUCUGAAAAUUGCCAAUUUAUCACUUCAACCUUCAAGACGGAAAUGCUUGAAGCCGCAGAUCGCGUUCUUGGCGUGUUCUUUCAUAACAAGACAAGUCGGAUUCAGGCCAUUUCUCUUGAGGAGGGAGUGAAACUAUUGAAGCAGGCAGCCUUUGAAGAAAGGAAAAGGGCACGAGAGAUUGAGGAGUAA